CCUCAACCUGCGCAGGGCGGCAUCAUAGUUCUCGCUUUCUUUUACACAACACCAUACUUAAUUUCAUCUAGUUUCGCUCUUUAGGACAGCAAGUUGUGUUCUAAGAAACAAACGACCAUGAGGUAGGAGUUUUGUCGAAGCGAAUGGACGACCAAUACAUUUUUUUUUCUUCAACAGCAACAUAAUACGCUUGUUAGAUGGGAAAGAAAUUUUGUAGAAUUGAUGCCAAGACUGAAUAUUUUUCUGGGAUCUGGAAGCUUAUCUAGCCACAGCACUUUCCUGUGACUAAGUCCUUUUGACGAGAUCCUGUUUCUGUUUCGCGUGAAGAAUUGCUGCGUUGGGUCCUUGACAUUCCGGACUUGACUUGGUAAUUUUCGAGCUUCAUUCUCACGCAUAGUUGGUGCAAGUAAAGCAAAUAGACGCUUUACUUUUCGCAAACUUAUUUGUAGUGGCUGUCCUCGUUUCAAGCUGCUCGAUAAUUUCAUCCUCCAAGUUCAUAUAUACACAACAACACCAAAGUCAUAGUUUCGCUUUAGAUAAGCAUCAAACAUAAAAACAACGCUUCAUAGCUUGCACGUAUCUACUUGAGAAGUAGCUCGUCAUCGCGACAGAUAGAAGAAGAGAAAACUUCCAGGAAAGAUGCUUCCUUCUGACCGUUCAAGCGCGAAAAGCACAAAUCGUGCCAGCACGUCUACCUGCGACAAAAGUCCGAGACUAGGAAAGAACUCAACACUCAGCAGAAUGACAAGACGGGCCGCGGCUUCCCUUUUUGUCCUCGGAACUGGCGUCACAGCGCUGGACGAAAGCUCACCAGCAAUGAUGGGCAUGGACAGGGGGAAUAUGAACUUUAAGGUGACCUGAGUAAAAACGUACCCACACCAGAGUCAGGAUGGGGAUUUUGCAACACAAACCUAGGAGUUUUGUGAGUCACGCAUGACAAGUUGCACUCUGCAGUGUAGUGCAGGUUAGCAAGUGCAGCCGCGUCACAGAUUCGUCUGCUCAUCCUGUAUACAGCAUCACAAAUUCCGAGACACGAUGGGAAAUGGCUCUCAUGGGGAUGCGCAUUACAAGCCUUGCUGUCUUUGCAAAUCUGCAUUACAACUCUGGUGUGGGUACGUUUUUACUCAGGAUAUAAGGUGACCUUGAUUGAGGACCGAAAACACGACCUGGCGCUCAACAUCCACAGUCAGAGAAAAACACCCUCAGCGGUCUCCUUCGCGGGCAAAGUAAGAACAUACGGCGACCAGGCCAUCGCAAGUCAGAACAAGCAGGACACCGGGGCGUUUAGUUACAUCAACAGGUAGAAUUAAUCUCGUACAGUGGUGAGAAAUAUUUUUUGUGACUGAUGUGACGAGUUGUAGACCCUCAACAUAAUCUCAUUUGCAGAUUCAGAAGCGGCGGAGGGACGAACAUACAGGCGUCAUCAAUACCGACUCCACAUAAUAAAUUCGAGUUUCUUCAUAGAAAAGUCUUCAUCAGCUUUCUAUCAUGCGACGAAGGCAAAGAAGAUGAUAAAGAGUUGAUAUUGUACGAGCACGACGAACCGCGGAAAGCGUCAAAGACGAUGAUCUGCUGAGCACGUUGAAAUAAUAUAUAUUACAAUCUCAAUCGCUACUGUCAACACAGGCUACUGGGUCUGUCCGCCGCCGACUGCGACAAGGAAGACCCGAAAGAGUGCCUGGGGGACGUUCUCGGGCUCGACCGGGACUACUACCAAUCUUACGGCCUGCACAAGAACGAGACGCGCGGCACUUUCGAAUUGCUGACGGAUAAGCAGAAGGAGGAGAAAAUGUCCCUGGAACUGAUCACCGCCAACAUUCUGCAGUACGCGCGAGGUAUCGCCGAGGACAAGAACGACGGAAAGGCGAUUCGCGACGCCGUCAUCACCGUACCAACGAAUUGGAACCAGAGGCAACGGCAGGCAUUGCAGGACGCCGCAAAAAUUGCGGGCUUGAACAGCUUGUUGAUCCACGAAACCCCGGCGGCGGCGGUCAACUUGGCGAUGGACUGGGCCAAGGACACGACGGAAAACGUCUUGUAAUAUUUAUUCGACAGAAGUUCUUGCUGCUUUAACACACUCAUUAUUGGACGACCACCUGCUGGUCAAUUGAUUUUUUCCACUCAGUACAGUGAUAGAUUCUCGCGUCACCAGCAGCAGUUGGAGCAUUUUAAUAACUGUACUUCUAUCUUCACCAACCUGAUCAGGUUCUACAACAUGGGCGCCCGCACCACGGAAGUGUGCAUCGCCGAGUUUUCCCCCCGUCAGGCUGGUAUGGUGGCUGGUCGCACCACGCCCGCCAUUGUCAUGAAGGGCUGCGUGCAUGACGAGAGAAUCGGUGGCCAUUUGGGGGAUAUCGCCAUCGCUGACGAGAUGAAGAAGCGAUUCAUCAAGAAGUACUGAAUGUUUUCUUGCGACUUGUGUGAUAGAUUUGAAAUAUGCGCUCCUUGCAGUCUGUGUUGACGCUGAAAAUGAAAUUGAAAACGCUCGACCAUACCUGGCACGCGCACGGCCACGAAUGGUACUAUAAUGUUGACAGCUCAUGAUUGAUUUCCACAGGUUCCCGAAGCUUUCUGACAUCGAGAAGCACCCGCGUGCGCUGCGAAAGCUGUUGGGCCAGGCACUGAAGUCCAGACACCAGCUGUCUGCCGGGAAGGACACGUUUUUCUCCGUGGAAGGGUUGUACGAGGAGAAGGAUUUUCAGACGAAAAUGACCCGGGCGGAAUUUGAGGACCUGGAGAUGAUGAAACAAAUGUGGUCCAUUCUCACCGAACCGAUCGACGCCGUGUUGGCGAAGGCGCAGAUGACAUUGAAGGACAUCGAUCUCAUGGAAAUCGUCGGAAUGGCCUGGCGCAUGCCGAAAGUGCAAGAGGUACUCUUAUCAAAAACGACGAUGAUGUCAGGAUAGGUUAUUUCUGCACUUUGUAGUUUUUGAUUUUCGUGCUUGUCCUGGCUCAUUCUCAUGCGCAGUUUUUGACAUUUUUCUUUUUGCAUGGCUGGGAGUUCGAUGAUCCCGAGCAUGUUCAUAGUGAUCUGUUUGCUUUGAACAAAGAGAUGAAAUGAAUUUGUGAUGUAAAUCAUCAUCAUCAACUACCUGCUCAGAUCCUGAACGACUACUUCUCGAAAGCGCAGGAAGCGCGGAAGGGCAAGGACCAGUUGGUCCUUGGACAGCACCUGAACGGAGACGAGACCUUCGUCCUUGGUGCCUCUUUGUUCGCCGCCAACCACUCCAGGGCCGUGCGACCGCCGAAGAGGGUCUUCUUCCAGGACACAACCCACGAUCACAAGUAUAAUAAAUUUCUAUUUGUAUCAUGAUUAUAUGUACUUAGCUUUGCAUCGUUGACGUUGCCCAUGAGAAAUUUGCUCUUUGUUUUUUCAACGGCUAGCACUUCUGCAGAUGGGUACACGAAAGAUAAGAAGAAUUGAACUCAGCACGAAGAAACAGGAUUCUGAUCCAGCUUUUUAUUUCAACAUGACCAGCACAACUUUGAUUUUUCGCCCAAUUCUUACCCGCCCUACAUCAGCUACACCAUUGACCUCCUGUCCCUCUCCGAUGAAACGCCGAUCAAGAACACCACCGAUAUCGCUUCCCUCGGGUCCCGCUAUGGCGUGAAGAAAAAAAUCACGGUGAGUGACGCGAAGCAGGAUUUUACCAUUAAGCUCUUCGAGAACGGCAAAUGGCUGACCAGCUGGACGAUCACGGGCCUCGAGGAGGCCAUCGAAAAAGACUACGCGCACGUGGUCAACAACAGUACCAAUCCGGCCCCCAAGGUCGCGUUCACCAUCGGCCCGGAUGCGAGUGGGGUCAUCGGGAUCUCCAAGAAGGUCGAGGCACUGUUUGUCGAGGAAGUAGAGGAGGAAGUUGUGGACGAGGAAGCUAUGGCGGCCAGGAGAAAGUACUGGAUUUGUUUGCAAUUUCUCCACUACCAUAACCAGUGAACACACGAUCACGUCGACCCAGACAAAAAAUAAAUGAUUGAAGAUUUUUUAUUCUCGCCACAUCGAUUCAACUGUUGGUUGUUACUGUUUAUUGUGAUUGAAAAUUGACUAAGUAUGAUACUUUUUGAGCUUAUCGUAGACCACAUAAAUUCUUCUUCAUCUUCCCGCACAUGAUCUUCGUAUCAGGCGCAAGCUCGAGAAGGAACGUAAGGCGAAAAAGGCGAAUGAGACGAACAGCACGACGAACAGCACCGAAGAUAGCGCCGAAACCAACAGCACAACGGAGGAGAAGAAGGAUGAGACGGGUGAGAAAAAAGAGGAAUCAACAGAAGAGAAAAAGGACGAGGAUGGUACCACGGCAACUGACGAAAAGAAGGACGAGACUACUUCUUCUACCGAAGAAAAGAAAGAAACCGAGGAGACUUCUACGGAGGAGAAAAAAGCUGAGGAGGAGUCUGCGGAGGAAAAGAAAUCUGACGGGGAUUCAGCCGGCGCUUCGGAGGAGAAGAAGGACGAGACGGCUAAGGAAGAUGCCGAGAAAAAAUCCGAGGACGACGAUCUGGAUGAUGACAAGCCCAUCAUGAAAACACGCAUGAAAAAGAAGAACCACAUCAUCAGUUUGAAGGUAGAGAUAUGGAAAUUCAAAUUUCUGCUUUAUGUAUUGUCUAUCGUGGCGGUCGUGAGCUUCAACUUCUUGAAGAGCGACACAUUAAAGUCAGGCUAUUUCGAGAGCGAGAUAUCACAUCAGAAGGCCAGCGAUUCUUGCAAUUUUUCGGCAUUUUGCGCAGCUUUUGGAGCUGUAAAUGGCGAUGCGCAUAUUGAUUUUUCUUUUCAAAUCUUCAUUUUCAUCAAUUCAAACCACCAGGUCAACCGCGACGACGCGUUCCCGAAGCCGAUGACGCCUGAGGAAAUUACCUUCGCACAGGACAUGCUGUUUAAGAUGACGAAGCACGACGCCGAGUCCGCAGAAAUGGACGAAGUCAAGAACGAUCUGGAAUCCUUCUUCUACGAAGCAAGAGAAAAACUCGAGUACAACGACGCUUACAAAACCGUGACCACCGAGGAGCAGAGGAAAGAGCUGCUCGACAAAGUCCAGGAGGUACUUAAUUAUACCUGUUGUCAUGUUUUUAUGUGCCAGAUUUCAUUGUAGUUUUCCUUUUCUCCAACUUGCUUCCAUUUUUCCCAAAUGGAGGACGGAGCAACGUAGUAACUCUAGCGUCGUGCUGCAGGGCUCCUGGCGAGGCUGCGCCCCCAGCUUACGCUUGUUUAUGUUUUUCGUUCGGUUUCUUGAAGUGAAAUUUUUAUCAAACCAAUCCUCAGACCGAGACGUGGACGGAGGACGAGAUCACGAAAGACACGUCGCUCGCCGAGAUUAUCAAAUGCAAAAAUGUCUGGGUCUGGAAGAAUGCAACCUGUGAUGCUAAUUUUGGAUUCUAGAAAAAUCUGUAUUGCAUGACCAGCAAGAGGAGUCCAGUUUCUGCUAUGCGGGGAGGCCAUUUGUCAUGCGGAAUAGGCAUCAAAAAGCACUCAGAAAAUCUGUGAUGCCAGGGAAUACAUCACAGACGUCACGGGCCAUGUAAAAUCUACAUGACAAGUUCGCAUUCUUCCAGACCCAGACAUUUUUACACUUGAUAAAGAUCAAGGAGAAACUGAAGGCCCUGGAGGAAUUGAUGAUCCCGAUCAAAGCCCGGGCGAUUGAAUUCGACUCCCGCGCGGACUUUAUCGUGCUGAUGGACAAGGAGGUCGGCAAAAUCGAGGAUUUGAAAACGAAAGUCAAGGGUAUGCCCUGGCUGAAGGCGGAGGAAGUCGACAAGGCGCUGAAGAAGGUAGAGGAUUUUGCCGCGGACUGGGACAAGAAGAAGGCGGAGCAGGCCGCCAAGCCGGGCCACGAGGAACCGGUCUUCACGAAGGCACAGAUCGAGGGCUACUUCGACCGGUCCACGGUGGAUCUGAAAAAGCUGUCCAAGGUGAAAAAGCCCAAGGAGCGCAAGACCAAGACCCGCGGAGCCGGGAAGAAAGGUAGGGAUCGAUCGAUCGUGGAUUUUUGUGUCAAAUAACAAGUAGCUUUGACGGUGACGAUGUAGUAGACAUUCAUCUUGCUAAUGGAGGUUCCGUCCAUCGUACAUCGUUGGUUUCGAGAACAAUAUUCUGCGUUAGCACGAUAGUUUAGUUUUCGCGGAAUCGGAAAGUUGGUAUGCAUGACUUUCAGUGAUAAAGAGCACCUUCCUCUUGUGAGAAAUUCAUCGUAUAAAUAUCAUUCUGAACCCUCCAGCCGCCAAGGAAGACCCCCGCACUGAGGAGCAGCUGCAGGAGGAGCUGAAGAAGGUCGAGAAGGAGUUGGAAGACAUCAAGGCCAAGAAGAUGGAGGCCGUCACCAAGGAGGACUAUGACGAGGCGGACAAGCUCAAGCAGGAGGAGAAGACCAAAAACGCGGCCGUCGAAUCCCUAAACGCAGCCAUGGAGGCACUGAAGGCGAAAACCGCGGACAAGGAAAAGAAGAAGGACAGUGGGUCGUCUUCGAAAGAAGCAGGAGAGAAAAAAACCGAAACUUCUUCGGAAGAAAAGAAGAAGUCGGAAUCCGAUGAGGAUGCGAAUAAAUCGGAUUCCGAUGCAACUGCUAGCGGGGACGCGAAGAAGGAAGAGACGAGUGGGGAAAAGACAACCGGUUCAUCGGAGGAAGCCGGUGCGAAAUCGAGCGACGAGAAGACGGCUGGGGAGGAACAGCAGGAGCUGUAAGCGAUUGUGAUUGAUGAUGAAAAAUCCACCUCUGCGGGGAAGGAACGACAACGAGAAAUAUUAAACAUUGCAGAGCUUCUUGUCGCGUGCCGCGAUGAACAUACAAAAUGAACCACAUUUCUCACCACUGGAGGGACGUCAACCGCGCAUCAGCAAAUCUUCGAGCAGUAAGAUGACAAGAUAAAAACUACGACUCCUCGCUGAACAAUACGAACAACAGCGGGCGGUUGUAACAGGAACAGGGCGCUGCACGAGUAACGCACUACACGCCUCGAUCUCUGAUAUGUGGAAUUCCCUCUGGGGUGUGAAUGUUAAAGUUGAAACGAAUAUGAAACAAAGACAAGAAUGUAACAGCAGCAAAUCCAUUUUGUACACCCGUUCUUAAAGACAAAUGACAUUAUUUUCAACGAAACUUUUCAACCGUUUGGUAUUUUGAUUCUCAGAAGACAAUGACAAAGAAAUAUAGCAAGAGCCGCUGUGCAUGACGACGGCUUUUUAUCGAAGAUAUAUAGCAGCACAUAGAUGGCUACAGGAGAAUGACAUAGCAGCCAUUCCAAGAUAGCACAGAUGCUGUCUAUAUGAUAGUACUACAAGAACGAACAAGACUUCAUUAGCUUUUUUUUUUUAGAGCGACAGCCCCCUACACUUGGAAAGUUUCCUUUUUGGUAGCACCUUCUAGCGACCCCACCCUUUCCCGUGGCAUGUCUCCCCAUGAUUUUCCGCUCUGUUGCUCAGAAACCUUUGAGAAUGAACCGGGUCGCACGAGAAGAAGCCUAGAGUAGCAGCAAAAAAAAGGAUGGAUCAUGAUGAGCGAAUGCGUUUGGCAAAAAGAAACG